GGUCACCAAGAUCUAUUACGAAUUUCCGAGCAAUUUACAGUACUACCUAAACCAUAUGCCCCUUCUCAUCUCGCCUUAACAAUUGUGGAUGAUGAUGAUGAUGAUGUCCCGCUUCAACCGAUUAAUCCAGCCUACGGUCAAUUUCGGGCAGUUGUCUAGAACAAUUAAAAGCAAUGCUGUUGAAAAACAAUACAUUGGGAAAACAUUAUAUACUCCCAAGCAAAGUAUUCUGAUAGUUGGUGAUGGAGAUUUAGGAUUUUCUCAUAGUGUGGCAAGAAAUAUCGUUGAUGCCAAAGGGAUCACAGCAACCUCCUACAAUACUAUAGCUGAACUAGAAACCAUGUAUAAACGCGCACGAAACAAUUUGUGCGGUCUUAUACAAAGGGGUGCCAGGAUAGUUCUUUCCAUGAAUGCUAGAGAAAUGGCAAGCGACAAUAGAGUGAACAAUGCACUCUGUGAUAUCGUGAUCUUUAAUCAGCCGUACGCCGUAGAGCCCUUCCCCUUUUCACAGGCUAAUCAAGAAUUGAUAAGUAUGUUCAUUGGUCUGUUGGUUCUUAUAACAGUUAGAAAGCAUAGAGGUAUCAUGCUAUCAUGUGGUGAAAUUGGGAGUUAUUAUAUACUGAAAUUGGGAGGCUGAUUGUUGAUGUUAUAGGUUCCAUCAGAUGGGUUGGAGAGUACUAUGUUCUUAUAGAUCUCCUUGGUUUGUGAUGGCUUGGGCCUUAGCGUUGUGUAGUCAGUGGUGUUCUUUAUGGAGAGUUAGUGGGAUAUACAUCACUUUGAUUUGAGAUGGGACGGGGCUUUGGCAAGAUUACUAUAAGGUUAUAUUAUGGACAGUAAGUAGCGCAAAUCAGUUACGAAAAUUUGUGGGAUUGUGUAGAGAAAGGUACAGACGAGGAGUGGAAAUCGUGGAUAUAACAUGGAUUGAGGAAGUUUGGCUUUCUGCAAUUUUGCCCUAUGACAUAAACUUAUGAAGUGGCUGGAUUGGGGUCAGGAUGCCUCCAAAAAAACAAAAUAUUGCUCACAACAAAUGGGUUCCUCCAAAAUUGAAUUGCCCAAGUUGACUUGGCACGCAUUUGUAGGCAAGUUAAAAAUGCAAUUGACUUUCCUAGACUACCUCAAUCCAACCCCUCUCACUCCCUUGCCGCUAGAGAUUGUCUCUUCCCAUCACCCAAGUUGAUUUUGUGUCCAAGAACGGGACUAUGGCCUCUAGUGGUCCCAAAAUGGUCUCCAAAAUGAACUCGGUCGCUGGAGUUUUGUGUUGGUCUACUGAUGGCACAAAAACUGGCGUGACCAGAUUGUAGAUCGAGGAGCACGAAGCAGAUGGUCUUAGUGGGUGUGUUCUUUGCCAUCAAAUUCAUUUAAGUGUGAGUAGUUCCCCAUGGCGAAAACCUAGGAAUGUAGGGAAUUCGGGUAGGCUUUAAGAUGCCUCUUUGCUCUAGGGUUUGAGGGAAGCACAUGAAGGAAGAGAUACGGAAACGGAUUGAAAUUGAGACGGAGAUAUGAUGGAGGCAAAGAAACAGAGUUAGAGCUUGAGUAGAGUGAAGGGGGCAUUAAUGACAUUUCUGCUUUUAAAAUUUAUUUGUUUUCACCGAGAUGAAAAACGAAAGUAGGAAAUUCAAAUCUUGAUGGAAGCAAUACUUAGGCCCCGUUUGGUACACGGAAUUCAAACUAUGGAAUUGGAAUUGAGAACUUUAAUUCCAAUUCAAGUGUUUGGUAGCACAAAAAGUUUGUGACCACGUGGGUGUGAAGAGUGAAUCUAGCACUUCUCUAAUUUUUUUUUAUGGGAUUUUUUUUAUGGGGUUGUGUUCGCUCAACCCGCAAACACUGCCCGUUUAAAACCCCAGAGGAUUAUUCGAUCAGUUUAUAUAUGUUGGGCUUGAGAUUGGCCCAUGUGGUCACCAAGAUCUAUUACGAAUUUCCGAGCAAUUUACAGUACUACCUAAACCAUAUGCCCCUUCUCAUCUCGCCUUAACAAUUGUGGAUGAUGAUGAUGAUGUCCCGCUUCAACCGAUUAAUCCAGCCUACNUAGCACUUCUCUAAUUUUUUUUUAUGGGAUUUUUUUUAUGGGGUUGUGUUCGCUCAACCCGCAAACACUGCCCGUUUAAAACCCCAGAGGAUUAUUCGAUCAGUUUAUAUAUGUUGGGCUUGAGAUUGGCCCAUGUGGUCACCAAGAUCUAUUACGAAUUUCCGAGCAAUUUACAGUACUACCUAAACCAUAUGCCCCUUCUCAUCUCGCCUUAACAAUUGUGGAUGAUGAUGAUGAUGUCCCGCUUCAACCGAUUAAUCCAGCCUACGGUAUCUUCAUCUUUCUCUCUAUCUCUCCUAACAUUUUUCAUGUAAAGAGGAUUGACUCCAAUAUUUGGCUCUAAUUUCAAAGCUUCCAUGCUUGUUCAUUCGCUGUGCAAUUGGAUAUUGGAAAAAAUAAAGCUUUGUUCAAUCG